AUGGCCACUCGACGAUCCGAGCCGUCUGACACUACAGCCACAGCAACCUCUGAACCGCCCAGAAAGAAGGCGCGGGUUGGAGACGACAUCCAGGAAAGUGCAUCGGAGGCAAAUGGCGAUAAGCAGGAGUAUGAGGAAACUGAUGCAAUCGAGAAGGCCGAUGCACCUAGGGCAUCCGACCUGUACCUCGAUACGAUCAACAGAGCGGUCCUGGACUUCGAUUUCGAGAAAUUGUGCUCGGUAUCUCUCUCGAAUAUCAAUGUAUACGGCUGUCUAGUCUGCGGAAAAUAUUUUCAGGGCCGCGGGAAAAGCUCAUACGCCUACGCCCAUUCCAUUCACGACGAUCACCAUGUAUUUAUAAAUCUAGAAACAAACAAGGUUUACGUCCUCCCUGAUGGCUAUGAAGUUGUAGAUCCUUCACUAGAGGAUAUUGCUUUCUACCUGAAGCCGACUUUCACCCCCGCUUCCAUAUCCCAACUAUCUUCCCCGGCUCACUUGAACAAACCAUCUUACGACUUAUCCUCGAAACCUUACAUCCCCGGAUAUGUCGGCCUCAAUAACAUCAAAAGACAUGAUCACAUGAACGUGAUUAUCCACACUCUACUUCACGUACCUCCACUACGAGACCAUCUGCUAUUGUCGAAUUUCCGCGGUAAGGAAAGUGAGAUGCUAAAGCGCUUUGCCGGCCUGGCUAAGAAAAUAUGGAAUCCACGACUGUUCAAGGCUCAGGUCAGCCCUCACGAAUUCUUGCAAGAGGUAGGAAGGGCUAGCGGUGGCAAGUUCAGGUUAGAAAAUCAGGGUGACCCAGUCGAGUUCCUUGGCUGGUUGUUGAAUCAUCUACACAAGGACUUCGGCGGUACGAAGAAGAAGGACUCCAGUAUAAUCUUCAAAACGUUCCAAGGCGAGGUGCGAAUGGAAACCCAGCAAGUUGUCGUGGGUCGCGACCUGGAUUCUGAUCAAAAACCACGCUUUGCUAUUGAUCGGGAGAUUAAAACAAGCGUUUCGCCCUUCCUCUUCCUCGCAUUGGAUCUGCCGCCACCCCCACUGUUCCAAGACGCCGUCGAGAAGAACAUCAUUCCCCAAGUCGGGAUACACUCUGUCCUCGCCAAGUAUGACGGAAAGACGACUCAGGAAAUCCGGGGUCAGCUACGAAGGUACAAAUGUCAACGCCUGCCUCCGUAUAUCAUUUUGCACUUCAAACGGUUCACGAAGAACAUGUUUGUGGAAGAGAAAAAUCCCACUAUUGUCAAUUUCCCGCUCAGAGGACUUGAUUUUCGAGAUUAUCUCGACGCCUCGCCUUCACACCCGUCAACGGCGUAUGACCUCAUCGCCAAUGUGACCCACGAGUCUGUGGCCGGUACUACUCGUGAUAAGGAAAAUACGGUGUGGAAAGUCCACCUGCGGGCGGGCUCGGGCGGUGGCGAUAAGGAGAAAUGGUACCAAAUACAAGACUUAAUAGUUGAAGAGAUUCGGAAGGAAAUGAUAUUCCUAGGAGAGACUGUGUUGCAGGUUUGGGAAAGGCGGGAAGCUGCGGGAAAGCCUAUGGAUGUGGAUUCCUGACGGCCACAUCUAUAUCCGUGACCCCGACCUCCUCAAACGCAACUAUGGCCCACCCGUUUGACAUAUGACAUGGGUAUGUAUAUAGAGUGCAAGGGACAGCGAUGUUCGCGCAUUGACAUGUGUAUCGCUGCGGUUGCCCCUCUAAACAUCGUACUCAAUAGUUGCACCGAUUCUUCUACCCCGAUAUUGGUGAUUUUGAAUGCCCCAUUGUAUUAUGUGAAACCCGGUCACCAAUAUCAUCCCCCAACGCUAUUUCGGAAGUUCUUAAGACACUUGUCGCAUAACACGGCGUGAUAUCUCGAGAACAGUUUUAGAACAUGAUCAGGGUCAAUCUUUCCAGCUGAAGUACUGGCAGCGGUUUAGGAAGAUGGAUUUUGGCAUGCAAUGUGGACGUGUGAGAGAUGCAUAGCCUCCCAUUGGCAUUGAUACGGAGCCCUCAGUAACGACGGGUGGGGAUUUCCUGCGUAUGUCUUCUAAAUCGCUGCCUUACUGGGGCCGUCCGGACGAGGCCGUCUUUGAACCAGAGUCUGAAUGGUCGCCUGGACGAGGUUUCGAAAUAUUAUCUGGAUCCCGACUUCCCAGAGGGGUGUUAGCCUCUCCGCUUGCUGUCUGUGGAGGGGAGGUAGACUGAUACUCUCGAGCUUGAGCCUCCAGGAGCGGCUUGAAAAUGUAUACUCCGGAAAU